AUCUCGUAUAAUUAUCUUGUCACAGCCACAGGGAGCCACUGCAGACGGCCUGAAGAGCCACAUGUGCCGCAGGUUGCCCACCCCUGUACUAGGUCAAUGCAGGUGUAAUACACCAGACAGCCACAUGGUGUCACUCAAACCCUUCCACUGCGUCAAGUCCUUAUAAGGAAAAGAAGGCGGGGACAAGAAGUUGUAGAUGAAAGUUCACUGUUAAUUUGAAACGAGUGUGUGUGUGUGUGUGUGUGUUUGUGUGUGUGUGUGCGUGCUGGUGACAGCAGCAGCUGGUCCUCUCAAACGGACUCUCAACAUGUCUCGCUCCUGAAAAAGCGUCUCUCUCUCUCUCUCUGUCUUGAAGACGGUUUGAUUUUGUUUUUCUGUGAAACCUGGAGGGAGUUAGAAGAAGUUAGUUCCGAGACUCGUUACCGACCUGAGAGACGCAAUGUCUCCGCUGCAGCUGUCUGUCUACUGGCGCCUCUCGCUCGUCUUCUUCUUCACCUCUUUCCUCUUCUUUCUCGACAUUUUCACGGCCGCCGUCGUCGCGGCCUCCUGUCCCCAUGGCAACGGCACCCUAGGUGACUCGUCGAACGCCGACAGUGACCAAUCAGAGCCCGGGGAAGACUCGGAGAGCGGGAACGGAGACUCAGUGUGUGGUUGGACAGACUGGUUGUCGUACGGUCAGACUCUCUACAUGGUCGGUUUGCUGCUGGGAUCUCUGGUGGGAGGAGCCAUAUCGGACCGGUACGGGAAGCGGCCGGUGCUGCUGGUGUGUGUGUCCGUGCAGGCCAUCUGUGGCCUGGUGCCUGCCGUCCUUCCUCAGCCCUUCAUCUUCCUCGCCGUCCGCUGCCUGACCGGUGUCUGCUGCUGUGGCAUCAACAUCUGCUCCUUCAGUCUGGCGGUGGAGUGGACGCAGCCUGCUGCUCGUCUCUGGCCGCCGGCCUUCCUGCCGUUCUGCUUCAGUCUGGGGACGAUGGGCGGAGCUCCGCUGGCCUGGCUCAGCCCCACCUGGAGACAGCUGCACCUGUCUCUGGCUCUACCCCAGCUCGUCUGUCUGCCACUCUACCUGUCUAUCCCAGAAUCUCCUCGCUGGUUGUUGUUGAAGAGGAGGAAGGAUGUCCUGGACCGUUACCGUAGCAACAGCCCUGCAGAUAAACAGUGUCUGGACCUGCUGUUGGACUCUGCGUGGUCCGACCUGCAGAAAGUCUCCACCACUCAGAAGGAGCAACCGCCAGGAAGCCACGCCCCCAGUGACAUCGUCCACCUGAGGCACCCGACCGUCCUGCUGAGGCUGUUCAUCAUGAGCUACCUAAGCGCGGCGUCUGCGUUGACUUAUUACGGCAUCUGCAUGAACAUCGGCUCGUUCGGGGUCGGCGUGUACUCGGCGCAGUUCUUCUCCGGCCUAUCAGAAGCUCCCUGUCUGCUCGUCCCGUUGAUCCGACUGGGACGCCGGCAAAUCAGCAUGCUCGCUUUGUUCCUGAGCGGCACCGCCUGCUUCCUGUCGCUUCUGCUGUCCAGAUACAACGGCGAGCCGGUGCUGGUGAUGAGUCUGGCUCUUCUUGGGAAACUUUGCAUCCUGGCUGCCAUCUUCAUCUCCAUCCUGUACAGCAUCGAGCUGUUCCCCACCGUGGUCAGACAGCGGUGUGUGUCCCUGGUCAACCUGUGUUUCCGGCUCGGCUGCCUGGUCAACUCCCUCGUCCCCGCCAAUCCCAACGGAGCGAUCUCAUUGGCCGCCAUGGUGGUGUACAGCAGCGGCCCGAUCAUCAGCUGUGGCCUGUGUCUGCUGCUGCCGGAGACCAGCGGCGUCCCGCUGCCCGAUACGGUGGAGGACUGCGACCGGCAGCCUCGGCCCCACCCGCCGAGCGUCGGCGCCCUCUGGAGGACACGGAAGCUGGUGAGCAGCCAUAACAGGACAACAGAGAUCCUCCCUGCAGAGAAAGAAGACACGCAAACACCGAACACAGGACUGAUAUAAACACACACACACACACACAUACACACACA